AGGCGGAAGUCCGGCCGCGUGGUGGAGGCGCAGCGCGGUAUUCUGACGUCAGCCCGCCGCUUUUUCUUCGGGCUCCUCCAGUCUUUGCCGGCUUCUCUCGCACCAUGGCGUCCGUCUUCGAGCUCUGUCCCGGCCGGAAGAUCGGCGGGGAGCAUCCGUGCUUCAUCAUCGCAGAGAUCGGACAGAACCACCAGGGGGACAUUGAAACGGCCAAGAAAAUGAUCCAAGUGGCGAAGGACGCCGGGGCGGAUUGUGCCAAAUUCCAGAAGAGCGAGUUGGAGCACAAGUUCAACAAGCGAGCGUUGGAGCGGCCAUACAACUCCAAAAACUCCUGGGGGAAAACCUACGGUGAACACAAGCGCCACCUGGAGUUCAGCCAUGAGCAGUACAGGGAGCUGCAGAGAUUCGCCGCAGACGUGGGGAUCUUCUUCACGGCUUCAGGGAUGGACGAGAUGGCGGUGGAGUUCCUCCAUGAGAUCAACGUGCCGUUCUUUAAAGUGGGCUCUGGAGACACCAACAACUUCCCUUACCUGGAAAAAACCGCUAAGAAAGGUCGUCCCAUGGUGGUGUCCAGCGGCAUGCAGUCCAUGGAGACCAUGCGUCGUGUCUACAGAACCGUGAAGGAACACAACCCAAACUUUGCCAUCCUUCAGUGUACCAGUGCGUACCCUUUGGAACCAGAAGAUGUCAACCUGAGAGUGAUCACUGAAUACCAGAAGGAGUUUCCUGAUAUCCCCAUUGGCUACUCUGGCCAUGAGUCUGGAAUCAGCAUUUCGGUGGCGGCUGUAGCUCUUGGAGCUAAGGUCCUUGAGCGUCACAUAACCUUGGACAAAACCUGGAAAGGAAGUGACCACGAGGCCUCGUUGGAGCCCUCUGAACUAGCCGAGCUGGUUCGUUCGGUCCGGUUAGUGGAGAAGGCCCUAGGAAGCGGCAUCAAGCAGAUGCUGGCCUCUGAGAAGGCCUGCCAUGAUAAGUUGGGAAAGUCUGUGGUGGCCAAAGUCCGGAUCCCCAAAGGUUCCGUGCUGACUUUGGACAUGCUGGCGGUGAAGGUGGCCGAGCCCAUGGGUUUCCCAGCUGAAGACAUCUUCCAGCUGGUUGGGAAAAAAGUGAAAGAGGACAUAGACGAGGACGAGAGCAUCACAUCGGAACUGGUGGACAACCACGGCAAGAAGGCCAAGUGCUGAGAUCUGAUCUGCAAAGGCAGAAGAUCUCACCGACACGCCUGGGAUAAUUAGAUGGAGAUGAUGGAGGGUGAUUCUCUGGGUGUGGUGCAGGUUUCUGACGGGUAAUUGGUGAUACAUGAUUGGACAAAGAGUCCUGGUUCUGUUUCUUUCCUUCACUUCAAAACAUCCUCACAUUUUCUAAAAGCGGCCGUUCAUUCUGACCGGUUCCCUCUCUGGUCUUUAUCAGUCCAGUACUGAAUGCAUGGAUGGGAAAUGGAUUCCCUCUUAGAUCCUCCUGUUUACCUCCUGUAGCAGAACAGUGAGGACGGUCUGGAGAUGAGUUCUGGUCUAAGGAGGACAUGAACAUCGUCUCCAUGCAGACCUGUCUGUGACCUCGUGUGUUUGAAUCAAACCGAGUAAAAUGUCCGUGUUCAGAUCUAAGGUUUGAGACCUUGUGGGAAAAAAGAUUUUCAAUAAAGAUGUUUGCAAAUGUU